AUGGAGAUGUUCAACAUGCCAUCGUCAUCGCCUGCUUCAUCGUCGUCGGCGAUCCUGCCGGCCGUGCCCCAAUCGCUCCUGGCCCUGCCCUCUUUACUCGGCUUCGCCGGGAUCCUCAACGGCGCCGGCUUCGGGUGGCCACCCACCUCGGGGCCGAGCUCGGCCAUGGCCGACGACGACGGCGAGCGGGAUCGCCGGGCCGGCGACGCCCGGUCGCCCUACCCCGAAUCGGCCUCGCCGCUGCCGUCGCCUUCGUUCUUAUCCUCGUCGGCCCCGUCGUCUCCCGUCCACGGCUCCUCCGCGCCGGCCUCGCCCACCCUCUUCUCCCCUUCAUCGUCGUCGUCGUCGGCCGGCGCCGGAGAUGAUGAAGAGGAGGAGGACCUGGAGCCGGACGAGAUCCUGAAGCGGAUGUAUCUGCUCCGCAUGCAGCACGCGGCCACUUUGGCCCUUCUCGCGGGCGGCGGCGACCACCACGAGGCCCCAGCGGCGACGGCGGCCAGCCCCAAGCGGCGACGCGCUCCGGCGGAGGUCGCCACCGGCGACGGCCACGACGAGCAUCGCGACGAAGAGCCCACAAAGAAGAAGAUCAAGAAGGAGAUGAAGACAGAGAAGAAAAAGAAGAAGAUGGAAAAGAAGAAGGUGAAGGUGGCGGUGAUGAAGGAAGAAGUGCAAGAGGAAGAGGACGAAGGAGAUGACGGACUGUUCCAGUACAUCAUCGACGGCGAUGAUGAUGAUGACGACGAGAGAUCGGAUUCAGACUACGAUGAGGUGGGGGUGGCGCACGGCCACCGUCGAUCUCCCGCGACCACGCCAGCAGUGGCCGCGAUCUCAAGGAAGACGGCCUCCUCGCGACGGAGAUCUUCUUCUUCAUCUUCUUCAUCUUCUUCGCCGUCUUCUCCGGAGCGCGUGCUCGCCAACCCGUGGCCCAGCCGACGCCGGAACCGCAAGAAGAGCGGCGGCAGCAAGAGGCAUCACGCGCCGAGGGUGAUGACCGGCCGUACGUGCCUGCACUGCAGUGCCACCUCGACGCCCGAAUGGCGCACUGGACCCGAGGGCAAGGGCACCCUAUGCAACGCGUGCGGCCUGCGCUGGAAGAAGACCGGCCAGAGAUAG